AAAACGCGAGUUGCAAUCCUAGAACACCAUCAGCUUUCCUUCUCUAGCCAGAUCUCUUUCUGAAAAAACGAGAGAAGGAAGAAAGAAGAAGAAGAAGAGCGAUGGGAAAUGCCUCAACGCUCCUUCUCUACACAACCAUAGCAAUCUUCCUUCUCCUAUUUAUCUUCUUCUCCCCCAAGCAACCUCACCGCCCCAAUCGCCGCCUCAAGCUCCGGUCCUCCUCCUUCGACGACCGCCACCGUCGCCAACACUCUCCGAUCCCCUUCGACCCUAUCAUCGCCAAUAUAGAGCGCCAUCGCGAAGCAAAGGAAUGGGAGCGCCAGUACUUCCAGGAGCACUACAAGGAGUUCGUCGAUGCCGCCCCUGCACACGAGUCCCAGCCCGAGUGGGAAGAUUUCAUGAACGCCGAGGACUACCUCAACGACGAGGACCGGUUCAAUAUCACCAACCGGCUUGUCGUUCUCUUCCCGAGCCUCGACGUGGAUCCGACCGAUGGGUUCGUGAGCCUCAACGAGCUGUUGGAGUGGCAUCUGAAGACGGCGCGGAAAGACGUGAUCCAUCGGUCGUAUAGGGAUAUGCAGGUGCAUGAUAAGAAUCACGACGGGUUUGUUUCAUUGCAGGAGUAUGAGCCGCCGGCAUGGGCCCGGCAUUCUUCCUCCGACAAUAACACUUACGAUAUAGGUUGGUGGAAAGAGGAUCACUUUAAUGCUUCAGAUGCGGAUGGGGAUGGUCUUCUAAAUCUUACUGAGUUUAAUGACUUCUUACACCCAGCUGAUACUGAUAACCAGAGGCUGCUUCAAUGGUUGUGCACAGAGGAAAUAAGGGAAAGAGAUACUGACAAAGACGGGAAACUGAACUUAAAGGAAUUUUUCCAUGGACUAUUUGAUUCUAUACGAGACUAUGAUGAAGUAAGUGACAACUCCUCACAUCAAUCUAAUGAUUCGAUGGAGGGUGCGGCUACACUUUUGUUUACCGAUCUGGACCGAGACAAGGAUUGGUAUUUGUCAGCAGAUGAGCUGCUACCUGUAAUUGAUAAACUUCACCCAUCAGAGCAUUACUAUGCAAAACAACAGGCAGAUUACAUCAUGUCACAGGCUGAUACAGAUAAGGAUGGGCGCCUUAGCUUGAAAGAAAUGAUUGAGAACCCAUAUACAUUUUAUAGCGCAAUUUUCAGCGAUGAAGAAGAUUAUUCAUAUCAUGAUGAGUUCCGUUAACGACAUUCCAGAUUGUAUACCCACCUUGCAGGAUUGUAACAACCUCGUAGGAUUCAUAUUCUUUUUGUUUUUUCAAAGACUCACUGCAGUAUAAAUAUUUAAAAGCAUGCUGGCAACUGGCCUUGGCAUUUCCUUGAUGUGUUCCAUGGUUAAAGAGAUUUCAGUUCCGAAAUAUAUUUACAUUGGAUUGCAAGUUUGUAUGAGAACAAUCAGGUCCACUUUGGUCGUUUAGGUUUCAGAUUUUCCAUUUAUUGCCAUUCACAUAUACACCUCUCAAACAUCAAAUAGAAUCUAUGUACCAUAAAACAUCAUCUCUGAAUAGAAUGCACAACGAAUGGAUAUUCUGGAGUUUUAUUUGUGGUA